GAGGGAACAUGGGAGGGAGAGUGGUUUCUUUCCAUGUCAGGAGAAACACACACCAUCCAUGUCUAUUUUCCUAUCACAAAACCUAUCUUAUUACAGUUACCACCUACCACCGACCUUCAACGAUAUAAUUACAAAAAAAAAAACAUGUUUGUUAGGUUAAGUUUGCAAUCAAAAGGAUGCUAAUCACUGUUCACCCUUACUCAACCCCUUCCGCCUUCAUAUUGUUUAUUAUUAGAACAGAUUAAGAAGAAAAAAAUCACAAAUCAAAUGAAUCGAUCUGGGUGAGAGAUAAAGGUGGAGACUUUUAUAUUAAGGGUUCUCUUUUCGUAUAGUUAGCGCCGCCGGCGAAGGAUAAUCUCAGGGAUUCCGAGUUCAAUUCAAGCGCUCAGCUUCUUUCUUGUAACGGCUAAUCAUGGAAGCAGCUACUGCUCAGAGGUUUCAGUACCCGUUAUGGAUUGAUCGGAGAAAGUUCGGGGGGAAGCAGGGUGGUUCUUUGCGGUUGUCUCUGCAAGCAAGGGAAGAGAAAAGGCUUAAAUCUCUUGCUGUAGCUCGCUUGCAGCCGGGCGAAAGAAGCGAUCGGCAUCGAUCAGUUUCUUCAGGGGUUUCAUGUUCUGACAAGAAUUCUCCAGCUUCCGUGUUGGAGGCUGGAAUUGUUCGUUCUCGCUUUGAUGAAGAAUUAAUUUUGAAGAGAAAAGCAGAGGAGGUGAAGCCAUACUUAAAUGGACAAUCUAUAUAUCUUGUCGGAAUGAUGGGUUCUGGAAAGACAACGGUGGGCAAGCUAAUGUCAAAAGCACUUGGUUAUUCAUUCUUUGAUUGUGACACUUUGAUCGAGCAGGCAAUGAACGAGAGCACUGUUGCUGAGAUCUUUAAGCAUUAUGGAGAAAGUUUCUUUAGAGAAAAGGAGACUGAGACGCUGAAGAAGCUCUCUCUUAUGUAUCGAGUCGUUGUUUCAACUGGCGGGGGUGCGGUUAUAAGACCCGUUAACUGGAAGUAUAUGCAUAAAGGAAUCAGCGUCUGGUUAGAUGUUCCACUGGAAGCCUUGGCUCACAGAAUUGCUGCAGUAGGAACUGAUUCACGGCCACUCUUACACCAAGAAUCAGGGGAUGCAUACACAGUGGCUUUCAAGCGCCUUUCGACGAUUUGGGAAGAGAGGGGUGAAGCAUACACAAACGCAAACGCUACAGUCUCCUUGGAAAAUAUUGCAGCCAAGCUCGGCUACGGAGACAUCUCAGAUCUCUCUCCGGCCGAAAUAGCCGUCGAGGCCUUUGAGCAAGUCCUGAGCUUCCUGAACUGUGAAGACGGUAUAUGAUUGAUUAUUGCCGAGAGACCUCUCUAGUUUUUCUUGUGGCAGAUGGCAAGAACUUAUCAAUAAUAUGCAUUGUCAGAUUUUUUUCCCCUUUCUGAUUUUUGGAUGCGGGAUUCAACAGUGUCAUUUUGAAAUGCGGAUGAUUGGUAACAUUUGUAUAUAUACACAAUUUGUAUC